AUGCCGGCUCAGCGGCCGCGAGCGGCCUUUGAGCCGCUGUCUCCAGAUUUAGACGUUCCGGACCUCAUAAGAUCAGCACCUAACUUUGAAGAGGUGGUGCGGAUUCAUUGCGAUGCAAUAGACGAGAAUGGCCUCGAGAACUUUGAAAAGCUUGUACUCCUUCACGUUAUUGUGCGAGGGCUGCCUCUUGUCGUUGAAGGGUUUGAGAAGAAGCUUGAUCGUGCGAUAUUCUCUGAGAAAUGGCUGAGCAACCACUACUCUGCGAAGCGAGAGGACGCCCGGGACCUGACAGCUAAAAAGAGUGUGCCGCUCACAAUUGGGCACUACCUGAAGAACCUUCCAAUGCUUACAGACCAGUGGAAUGGAUAUAACUACAAAGACCCGAGUCUCCAAAGACUAUACCUCAAAGACAUUGAUUGCCCAAAAAUAUGGCACGAUUACUUGAAGAAGAUUGUACCUCCUUUCUUAUUCUACCUUAACAACUCGGCGGAGCCUGAGUCUUUCGAAGGCCCAGGGGCUAAAUCCUCCUUGAAAACACGUAAAGCUCCAGGGAGUCGGAUAGCCAAAGCCGGUGACUUGAUGAGUUGCCUCCCACAUGACAUGCGUGCCGACAACCUGAUGUGUUAUAUCGGUCACGAGGGAACAUAUACGCCAGCGCACCAAGAGAUGUGCGCUAGUCUUGGCCAAAAUCUCAUGGUGGACGCUUCAGACGGAUCAAUUGAGAAUAGUAAGGGUACAAAGCCAGGGUCUUCGAUAUGGUUUAUGACCAGCAGCAAGGACCGGAAACUCGUGUCGGAGUACUGGAUGUCCGUACUAGGCCAUGACAUAAACAUCGAGGACCAUUUUGCGCAAAUAAAUGCUUGGAAAGCUGCCCCAUUUACGACAUAUAUUGUUGAGCAGCGGCCAGGCGACUUUGUCCUUGUGCCUCCAUUGGCAGCACACCAAGUAUGGAAUCGUGGAACGCGAACAAUAAAGGUCGCAUGGAAUAGGACGACGGCUGAAACACUAGAAAGAGCGCUGAAUGAAGCACUGCCGUACGCUAGAAUGGUGUGUCGAGACGAGCAAUACAAGAAUAAAGCCAUAGUAUUCUAUUCGCUCAAACAAUAUUCAGUGCUCCUUAAUGGCGUCGAUGAAGCGAGUGUUGGCCACCCGAGAGUCCAGCAGCUGCAGGGCGAGUUCGAACAACUAUUUGCUCUUUACAGCCAAGUUCUGCUAUCCGAAUCGUUUUCAGCAACCCCACCUAAAGAGAAGAACAUUGAGUUCAUCCCAUUUGACAGCAAUGUCACUUGUGCCUACUGCAGAGGCAACAUCUUCAAUCGGUUCUUGACAUGCCCAUCCUGCGCUAAAACAUCAACCGGCGAAGACCUUCCUUACGAUGUAUGCAUGGAGUGUUAUGCUAUGGGUCGAAGCUGUGCAUGUAUCUCGAAACUAAAAUGGGCCGAGCAGUUUAAAUGGGAAGAGCUCCUAGGGAAGCACGAAACUUGGAGGCAGCAGCUUCUUGGUUUCAAUCCUGAUCUCAGGGACAAAUACCGGCCAUUCCGCAUAGAGCGCGCAGAGAUGGGCAAGAAAAGCCUGGCACAAAUAUGCCAAGAAGAGCUAAAACGACGUUCAUGGGUUGAUAUCACCAAACCAAACCCCGUUAUCGAAGAGGUAGUAGAUGAGACGAGUGAGCCUGAAGAAGACGGCCGCCCGACGAAGCGCAGGAAAACCUCGAGGCCAAAAGCUCCCCGCUGCCAUAUUUGCAAAUAUGUAGAGCCGGAGUGGAAGCUAGCCUCUUGUUCGAAUCCGAAAUGCCCCCUGAGAUACUGCUAUGGUAGCCUAUUUAGAGCUUUCAAUAUGCUACCUCAAGAAAUAUUGGAGACCAUUGACUGGGAAUGCCCCAGGUGUCGAAAGAUUUGCAGCUGCGGCGCCUGCCGCAAAAAUCCCAGAAUGACACCGUUUGAGCCCACGUGUACAUCACUUGGUCACGACACGAGCAAGGUAGCGGAUGUACGCAGCGUGGAGAGCUUGGUGGACUUCCGACACUCAAAUCUCGGCUGGCUAAAGAAAGCUGGCAGUGAUGAGAUAGGUCGGCUCAGGAAGCACCAGGAAGACGCAGAUUCUAAGCGUAACCAAGCUCUGGAGGACAACUCAAUACAGGUUGAGUUCUACCCAGAUAUGUCGCAAAAUCCUGAUUACAGCCAGUUGGAGUUGGAGCAUGUCGCCCGAGCGGCAUUCUCGCCUGCAGAUUACGCUGAUAUUCCUGUCGACCCGGCACUGGAAAACUCGGUUCUCGGGCCGUGUGAUACUUGA